AUGGGCAACCUCAGCAGCGUGGGCCGGGAGCCGGGGCCCUGCGGCCUGGGGCUGGGGCUGGGCCUGGGGCUCUGCAGCAAGCAGGGUCCGGCCUCGCCCGCGCCCCCCGAGCCCAGCCGGGCCCCCGCGCCCGCGCCCGCGCCCGCGCCCGCCCCGCCGCCUGCAGCCGACAGCCCCCUGCUCUCCCGGUCCCUGGAGGGACCCAGGUUCCCCCGAGUGAAGAACUGGGAGGUGGGGAGCAUCGCCUAUGACACGCUGAGCGCCCAGGCCCAGCAGGACGGGCCCUGCACCCCCACGCGCUGCCUGGGCUCCCUGGUGCUCCCGCGGAAGCCGCACAGCCGGGGCGCCCCUGGGCCCACCGCCCCCGAGCUGCUGCGCCAGGCCAGGGCCUUCAUCGACCAGUACUACAGCUCCAUCAAGAGAGGUGGCUCCCAGGCCCACGCGCUGCGACUGCAGGAGGUGGAGGCCGAAGUGGCGGCCACGGGCACGUACCAGCUGCGGGAGAGCGAGCUGGUGUUCGGGACCAAGCAGGCCUGGCGCAACGCCCCCCGCUGCGUGGGCCGCAUCCAGUGGGGCAAACUACAGGUGUUUGACGCGCGGGACUGCAACUCGGCCCAGGAGAUGUUCACCUACAUCUGUAACCACAUCAAGUAUGCCACCAACAAGGGCAACCUCCGCUCGGCCAUCACCGUCUUCCCCCAGCGUGUCCCCGGCCGCGGGGACUUCCGGAUCUGGAACGGGCAGCUGAUCCGCUACGCUGGGUACCGGCAGCAGGACGGGUCGGUGCGGGGGGACCCUGCCAACGUGGAGAUCACCGAGCUCUGCGUCCAGCACGGCUGGAGCCCCGGGAACGGCCGCUUCGACGUGCUGCCGCUGCUGCUUCAGGUGCCUGACGAGCCCCCGGAGCUCUUCACCCUGCCCCCCGAGCUGGUCCUCGAGGUGCCUCUGGAACACCCCACGCUGGAGUGGUUCGCCGAGCUGGGCCUGCGCUGGUACGCCCUCCCGGCCGUGUCCAACAUGCUGCUGGAGAUCGGGGGCCUGGAGUUCCCCGCGGCCCCCUUCAGCGGCUGGUACAUGAGCACGGAGAUCGGCACGCGGAACCUGUGCGACCCCCACCGCUACAACAUCCUGGAGGACGUGGCCGUGUGCAUGGACCUGGACACCCGGACGACCUCAUCCCUGUGGAAGGACAAGGCGGCCGUGGAGAUCAACGUCGCCGUGCUACACAGCUACCAGCUGGCCAAGGUCACCAUCGUGGACCACCACGCGGCCACGGCGUCCUUCAUGAAGCACCUGGAGAACGAGCAGAAGGCGCGCGGGGGCUGCCCGGCCGACUGGGCCUGGAUCGUGCCCCCCAUCUCGGGCAGCCUCACGCCCGUCUUCCACCAGGAGAUGGUCAACUACGUGCUGUCCCCGACCUUCCGCUACCAGCCGGACCCCUGGAAGGGCAGCGCGGCCAAGGGGGCCGGCAUCGCCAGGAAGAAGACCUUCAAGGAGGUGGCCAACGCAGUCAAGAUCUCCGCGUCCCUCAUGGGCACCGUGAUGGCCAAGCGCGUGAAGGCGACCAUCCUGUACGGCUCGGAGACGGGCCGCGCGCAGAGCUACGCACAGCAGCUUGGGAGACUCUUCCGGAAGGCCUUCGACCCCCGGGUGCUGUGCAUGGACGAGUACGAUGUGGUGUCCCUGGAGCACGAGACGCUGGUGCUGGUGGUGACCAGCACAUUCGGGAACGGGGACCCCCCGGAGAACGGAGAGAGUUUUGCCGCUGCCCUCAUGGAGAUGUCGGGGCCCUACAACAGUUCCCCAAGGCCGGAGCAGCACAAGAGCUACAAAACCCGCUUCAACAGCAUCUCCUGCUCCGACCAGCUGGUGUCCACGUGGCGUCGGAAGCGGAAGGAAUCGAGUAACACGGACAGCGCUGGGGCGCUGGGCACCCUCAGGUUCUGUGUGUUCGGGCUGGGCUCCCGAGCGUACCCCCACUUCUGCGCCUUUGCCCGCGCGGUGGACACGCGGCUGGAGGAGCUGGGCGGAGAGCGGCUGCUGCAGCUGGGCCAGGGGGACGAGCUGUGUGGCCAGGAGGAGGCCUUCCGCGGCUGGGCGCAGGCCGCCUUCCAGGCCUCCUGCGAGACCUUCUGCGUGGGAGAGGACGCCAAGGCGGCCGCCCGCGACAUCUUCAGCCCCAAGCGCAGCUGGAAACGCCAGAGGUACCGGCUGAGCGCCCAGGCCCAGGGCCUCCAGCUGCUGCCAGGUCUGGUCCACGUGCACAGGCGGAAGAUGUUCCAGGCGACCGUGCUGGCGGUGGAGAACCUGCAGAGCAGCAAGUCCACCCGCGCCACCAUCCUGGUGCGCCUGGACACGGCCGGCCAGGAGGGGCUCCAGUACCAGCCCGGGGACCACGUGGGCAUCUGCCCGCCCAACCGGCCCGGCCUGGUGGAGGCGCUGCUGAGCCGCGUGGAGGACCCGCCGCCGCCCGGGGAGCCCGUGGCCGUGGAGCAGCUGGAGAAGGGCAGCCCGGGUGGCCCUCCCCCAGGCUGGGUGCGGGACCCCCGCCUGCCCCCCUGCACGCUGCGCCAGGCCCUCACCUUCUUCCUGGACAUCACCACCCCGCCCAGCCCGCGGCUGCUGCAGCUGCUCAGCACGUUGGCCGAGGAGCCCGGGGAGCAGCAGGAGCUGGAGACCCUCAGCCAGGACCCCCGGCGCUACGAGGAGUGGAAGUGGUUCCGCUGCCCGUCGCUGCUGGAGGUGCUGGAGCAGUUCCCGUCCGUGGCGCUGCCCGCGCCCCUGCUCCUCACGCAGCUGCCCCUGCUGCAGCCGCGCUACUACUCGGUCAGCUCCGCGCCCAGUGCUCACCCCGGCGAGAUCCACCUCACGGUGGCCGUGCUGGCCUACCGCACGCAGGACGGCCUGGGUCCCCUGCACUACGGAGUCUGCUCCACGUGGCUGAGCCAGCUCAGGGCCGGAGACAGCGUCCCCUGCUUCAUCAGGGGGGCUCCCUCCUUCCGGCUACCCCCUGACCCCAAUUUGCCCUGCAUCCUGGUGGGCCCGGGCACUGGCAUCGCCCCCUUCCGGGGGUUUUGGCAAGAGCGGCUUCAUGACAUUGACAGCAAAGGGUUGCAGCCCUUCCCGAUGACCUUGGUGUUCGGCUGCCGAUGCUCCCAGCUCGACCAUCUCUACCGCGACGAGGUGCAGGAUGCCCAGCGGCGCGGGGUGUUCGGCCGCGUCCUCACGGCCUUCUCCCGGGAACCCAACAGCCCUAAGACGUAUGUGCAGGACAUCCUCAGAACGGAGCUGGCCGAGGAGGUGCACCGCGUGCUGUGCCUAGAGGGAGGCCACAUGUUCGUCUGCGGGGACGUCACCAUGGCAACCAGUGUCCUGCAGACGGUGCAGCGCAUCCUGGCCACCGAGGGCAACAUGGAGCUGGACGAGGCCGGCGACCUCAUUGGCGUGCUGCGGGAUCAGCAACGCUAUCACGAGGACAUUUUCGGGCUCACCCUACGCACCCAGGAGGUGACAAGCCGCAUUCGCACCCAGAGCUUCUCCCUGCAGGAGCGACGCCGGGGAGCAGUGCCCUGGGCUUUUGACCCCCCGGGUCUAGACACUGCAGGCUCCUGAGGAUCCUUUUCCACCCGGACCCCGGAGAGGGGCUGUCGUUCCCUCCAGGCGCUGCCCUCUCCUGGCCUGACCACCUCGCCCUCCUCUCCAGAGGUGCCUGUCAGCAGCUGUCCGGUCUAAAGAGAGGCUCCUGGUUCCCCUGGAAGGAGCAAUGUUUCCUUCCACGUAGGCCGGCUCCGUGCAGGGGUCUGACGCGUGGGAAGGCCCCUCCAGCCGUGGGGUUCCAGGCUCACUGUCCUCUUGCCUGUUCUUCGGCGAAUUUAGAUUCCUUUCACCUCUCUCAAGAGGAUCUUCUUUUGAAACAUAACCUUUCAAUCAUCUGAAUAUUUAUUAUUGCAGAGUUACCGUUAGAGACUAGUCCCCGUGUUUUUAGAGCGAGAGAUGCCUGCCCCAGCCCAGUCCAUUAAA